CUCUGCUCUAAAAUGCUGGACAUUGAAUUGGAUUCCUCGUGUGAAGGGAUGACACCGUAGGAUGAGGUGCAGUGUUUCCAUUGUUUACCAAGUAGUAUAGAAGUCGUCAUUUCGUCAGAACUAUUGGUGAUAACGGUGUCAAGCCUUAAAAUAGAUGGUGAAGACCAGCCUCGUAAGGUAUGGAGUAAGCUGUAAGUACGCCAAGCGAAGGAACUGCUCCCCGGACAGCUGUCACAUUCCCUCUAAACACCCCCCUUGUCCCUAUUACAUGCGGGUCUACUUGCUCAUGUGCAUUGACUUUCUAUUUUUUUUGCCAGUUUAUACUUCCUGCCUAACGCUGCCCUCGUCGUCGUCGACUGUUACGAUUCGCUACCAAACCAUCCAUACAUUCUUACCAUCCAUCAAACAAAGACCAUCGACCCUUCUCUGACGCUAUCCUUGAGUCAUCACCAGCAGCUAAUGAUGAAAAGU